AUGCAAAAACAUAUAUUUAUGCUUUGUCUCCUGAUCGUUCUUGGAAACGAUAUGCCCAUAAACAAAACCGUCGUCUUACAUAGUGGAUUUGGAAACCUUAAUUUUAUUGUAGAGUUUCGCACUAUUUGUAAAAAAAAACUCAACGAGUUAACCGAGGCGAGUACCGCUGACCAGUUAACAACCUUAACUGAACCAUUCGAUAUUUAUGGAAAAUCAACAGCCACUUUCUCAUUGAUUAUAGAUAAUAAGUCCCCACAAGGUCUUCUAUAUUCGACAACAUCUGGUCCAAUCACCAAAAAUGUCAGUGUAUCAUCAAAUUACGCACAAAGUUCUACUGCAGGGUUACCCGUAACACUCAAACCAACACCCACAGAAAGUCAACAAUUUAACGAUAUACUUAGUUCAAGUGGCAAUGAGACAAUCUCAGCAGAAACAACAUCCGCACAUUACACUGGCUUUCAUAGAGCUACCACUUAUUCAACAUUAGCGAAUGUUUCAACAUCUCAGUCAAGCUUUUCGCAAGGAAUAACCUCUUCGUCAAUAACUGAAGAUAUCACAGUACACGAUGAUCCUUCCAGCUCUUCAGAAAUUACGAAAACCUCAGAAAAUGACACUAAAAGCACUGUGUCUUCAAAAAUGAGGGAUACUACAACUGAAAACAGAAGAGAUUUUGCCAGUUAUUCAAAGGGCACAUCAUCUUCAUCAACAACAGCAGACAGUACAACAGUUGACGAAGCAACCAUCAUUUCAGAUGGUGCAAAAUCGCCAUUAACAACUAAAGAAAGCACAACAGCGCUUGGAGAAAGCAAAAAAGUCGAUAAAUCUUUCAGUACUUCAGAUGGUGCAACAUCUUCAUCAACAACUGAAGAAAGCACAACAGUCGACGAAGCUUCUAGUUCUUCAGCUGGUACAAUAUCGUCAUCAACAACCGAAGAAACCACAACAGUCGAAGAAUCUUCUAGCUCUUUGGAUAAGACUAUAUCGUCAUCAACAACUGAAGAGAGCACAAUAUUUGACGAAUCUUUCAGCACUUUAGACGGUGCAACAUCUAUAUCAACAACUGAAGAAAACGAAAUAGCCGAAAUAUCUUCUAGCUCUUCAGCUGGUACAAUAUCGUCAUCAACAACCGAAGAAAGCACAAUAUUUGACGAAUCUUUCAGCACUUCAGAUGGUGCAACAUCUUCAUCAAAAACUGAAGAAAACCAAAUAGCCGAAGAAUCUUCUAGCUCUUCUGCUGGUACAAUAUCGUCAUCAACAACCGAAGAAAGCUCAAUAUUUGACGAAUCUUUCAGCACUUCAGAUGAAUCUUCUAGCUCUUCAGCUGAUACAAUAUCGUCAUCAACAACCGAAGAAAGCACAACAGUCGACGAAGCUUCUAGCUCUUCAGCUGGUACAAUAUCGUCAUCAACAACUGAAGAAAGCACAAUAUUCGACGAAACUUUCAGCACUUCAGAUGGUGCAACAACUUCAUCAACAACUGAAGAAAACCAAAUAGCUGAAGAAUCUUUUAGCUCUUCAGCUGGUACAAUAUCGUCAUCAACAACCGAAGAAAGCACAAUAUUCGACGAAUCUUUCAGCACUUCAGAUGGUGCAACAUCUUCAUCAACAACUGAAGAGAGCACAAUUGUAGACGAAUCUUCUGGCUCUUCAGUUGGUGCAACAUCUUCAUCGACAACUGAAGAAAACCAAAUAGCUGAAGAAUCUUUUGGUUCUUCAGCUGGUACAAUAUCGUCAUCAACAACCGAAGAAAGCACAACAGUCGAAGAAUCUUCUAGCUCUUCGGAUAAGACAAUAUCGUCAUCAACAACCGAAGAAAGCACAAUAUUUGACGAAUCUUUCAGCACUUUAGACGGUGCAACAUCUAUAUCAACAACUGAAGAAAACGAAAUAGCCGAAAUAUCUUCUAGCUCUUCAGCUGGUACAAUAUCGUCAUCAACAAAAAAAGAAAGCACAAAAGUAGAAGAAUCUUUUAGCUUAUCGGAUGGUACAAUACCGUCAUCAACAACCGAAGAAAGCACAAUUUUCGACAAAUCUUUCAGCACUUCAGAUGGUGCAACAUCUUCAUCAACAAUUGAAGAAAACCAAAUAGCCGAAAAAUCUUUUAGCUCUUCAGCUGGUAUAAUAUCGUCAUCAACAACCGAAGAAAGCACAAUAUUUGACGAAUCUUUCAGUACUUCAGAUAGUGCAACAUCUUCAUCAACAACUGAAGAAGACAAAAUAGUCGAAGAAUCUUCUAGGUCUUCAGCUGGUAUAAUAUCGUCAUCAGCAGCCGAAGAAAACACAACAGUCGAUAAAUUUUCUAUCACUUCAGAUAUUACAAGAUCGUCGUCAACAACCGAAGAAAACACAAUAGUCGACGAAUCUUCCAGUACUUCUGAUGGCGCAACAUCGUCAUCAACAACCAAAGAUAGCACAUUAGUCGACAAAUCUUCUUCAGAUAUUACAACAUCUUCAUCAACUGCUGAAGAUAUCACAUUUGCAGACGAAUCUUCUAUCCCUUCGGAUGGUAGUGGAGUAGCUGAAGAUUCUUCCAUGUCUGCUGAAAAGACGACUAUUUUAGCAGAUAACAGUACUAGCUUAACCGCCGAUUUUUUAACAACGAGUCGAGCUAAAACUGAAGAAAGCUCAAUUUUUGAAAUUUCUGAUAGAUUUGUAGAAGGCACAAUUUCUUCAUCAAGAGCUUGGAUGAGCACAGUUGUGGAUGAAUCUGCCAGCCUCUUAGCAGAUGACAUUACCAGCACUACUAGAGAAACAAAUGAAAGCGACGCUACACUGGGAGUGGUUUUUAACACGGAAGAGAGCUUUACUGCAUUAUCAAGGAUAGAAAGGACAACCGAGGUUACUAGUUCUAUAGGAACUUCAACUGCGACUCUUUCGUCUAGCGCUACUUAUAAGUCAGUGUUGCAUGGCACAGAUUGCGAUAUAUUUGUUCAUUUGACAGUGCUAAAAUAG